GGACCACAGCAGCGUCUGUCGGACCAUCAGCUCAGUUACAUCAUUCAGAAUCAGCCUUUUGAUUAUUAAUAAAAACGACAACUACGCCUAAUAUAUGUUUUAUUGACUCCAAGCUAUGCGUGAAACGAAAACAAUGACCUGUUGUUAUAUUUACCACUGCUUUCUGCGCUUACCGUUAGAAGUCUCCGGAGCAUCAUCUCAGGGAGCCGACUCUUCACUCGCGCAGGACGGGACGCGAUCGCGAGAACGCCGUUAGGAUUCAUUCACAGGAAUGGGAAGUUUAAAUGCCAAGUGAGGACUGCGUACCCUGGCUUAAAAACGCAGUUUAAAAGGAAGUUAAAUAAAGCUAAACGCGUUUGAAAUGAAUAAUCUGUAAUAUUACAAUAAUCGACCCUCCAGCGCAAAUGUGUAACAACGGAUAAAUCGCGGCAGUCUCUGAAUGUCUUCUAUUAAAUCAACCCCUUCUGAGGUGGACUAUUAAUUCUACAAAUUAAGCAGCGCUGUUUCCUUGGGCACAAUGAAAUCCAUCUUCUACAGUCGCUUUUUCAUUCUUCUCCCGUGGAUUUUGAUAGUGAUCAUCGUGAUCGACAUCGACACGAAAAGAUCGUCUGUUCGGAACACGGCGAGCUUCUAUUUCUCUCGGAUGGGAACUGUCCAGCAGCGGCAGCAGGACGUCAGGGCGACUCGGAGCAGCAGCGGGUUCGGGAGUAACGGCACAUCUCUCCCUGUCAUUUACGCCAUCACUCCCACUUACAGCAGAGCGGUGCAGAAAGCAGAACUCACGCGCCUGGCCAACACGUUCCGCCAGGUUCCGCAGUUUCACUGGAUCGUGGUGGAGGACUCGAACUCGCAUACGGAGCUGGUUUCGCGGUUUCUCGCCCGGUCCGGGCUGCGAUGCACCCAUCUGAACGUGUUCACCCCGCGCAGGUUCAAGCGCACGGGGAUGCCCCGCGCGACCGAGCAGAGGAACGCAGCGCUCGGCUGGCUGAGAGGACACCGCACCUCCAAAGAUAAAGGAGUAGUGUUUUUCGCGGAUGAUGAUAACACUUACAGCCUUGAGUUAUUUGAAGAGAUGCGGUCAACCAGGAGAGUGUCAGUGUGGCCAGUAGGACUUGUUGGAGGCCGGAGGUACGAGCGUCCCCUGGUGGAGAAGGGCAAAGUGGUCGGUUGGUACACAGGCUGGAGGGCAGACAGACCAUUUGCAAUUGACAUGGCAGGCUUUGCGGUGAACCUGCAAGUGAUCCUGUCAAACCCACGUGCCCUCUUCAAGAGGAGAGGAGCCAAACCAGGUAUGCAGGAGUCUGAUUUCCUCAAGCAGAUCACAAAGGUGGAGGAACUGGAGCCAAAAGCCCACAACUGUACCCAGGUUCUGGUGUGGCACACCCGCACUGAGAAGGUAAACCUGGGCAAUGAACCAAAGCGGCAACGUGAUUCUGUUUUUAUUGAGGUCUAGUGGAUGAAACUGUCCUAGGAGUUUUAAACCUGCCAAUGUUACAUUGGAUGGAUCAGAGGACUGCAAUCAAUGGCACUUGCCAAAAUGAUUGCCACCUUUGAGCUUUUGGAUACUUGUUCUGGAGAGAAGACAUGUUCCUAAAGUAAUCAAAUGCUCUGGAGUUGCAUUUGGACCAAACUGUCCUGGGAACAUGUUCCUCGAUUCUGCACUGACAUGCACUACAACUGCUGGUGCUUUUCACUGUAGCAACACACUGGAUUACCUGUAAUGUGGUGGAAACACAAUGGUUAAGGGGUUUACAAAUGGCAACUGUGUGUAAAAACUUUAUCCUAUUCCUAUUCCUCACUCCACUUGUAGACUCUGGAUGGCUCUUCAGAGAAUCAGAUCAAUGUCUGUAUGCCUGUGAACCAGAGGAAAGAAUGCUUGAAUAAUGUACAGAGAGGUCUCAACUACUGAUGGGUGUUGGUGAAGAACCUGCCCAUGGAACACAAAUAGUCCACAAAGAAUGUGCACAAAUGAACGUGGAUGAAAGACUUUUAAGGUGCAUUGAAAAUUCCCUGGAAGUACAGACUAAGCUGUUUGAAGCUGCAAAGUCAAAACCAGUUUUUGUUUCACAGCACAUGGGACACCAUUACAGGGACAGAACCUUUGGAUUACAACUGUCUUUAUUCCAAACGACCCUCUUUAAAAGCAAAAAAAAAAAAUAAAAUAAAAAAAGACAAAGAAAAGAUAACUUUACAAUAAAUGCAUCUUUAGACAAAAUGAUCACACAA